AUGACAGCUCGCAGUCGCUUGCGGGCACUGGAGGAGCAUGAUGUUGCCACGAAAAGCAAACAGGAGACUCUGAAAGCUGAGGUGGAAACGCUGAAGCAGGCCAACCUUACUAUGAAAGGAAGGCUUGCUUCGCUGGUAGACGCUAGACGGCAACGUAAUAUGCGGGUCCGUGGCAACCCAGAGAACAUCGGGGAGGACGAAGUACCUCACUACCUCUACAGAAUGUAG